AUGAUAGAUCAUAUCACUGGAACGGCAACAGUUUUGAUUGCCUCUUUAAUAUUUUUAUUUUUGUUCAAAAUAUACAUGCCACCUUUGGACUUUCCAAGAAAUAUACCAACCAUCCCUUUCUAUGUUCAAUUUUUACCUACUUUGUUCCGAAUUGAUCAAGUCGAUGUAUACAAUAUGUAUAUAAGAGAAUCAAUGGAAAAAUAUGGUGCUGUAAAGUUUUUCUUUGGAUCAAGAUGGAAUAUUCUGGUCUCGAAACCAGAAUACCUUAAACAAAUGUUUAAAAACGAAGACACUUUUGCCAAAAGUGGAAACCAGAGGAAAAUACCAUAUAGUUUAAUUGCAGCGUAUACAGGUGAUAAUGUUAUUAGUGCACACGGAGAUAAUUGGAAGUUAUACAGAUCCAGUAUUACAAAUGGGUUACAGCAUUAUGAUGGGACUCCUAUGGUAAGUAAUGCAAUAUUAUUUUGUAGUCUAAUUAAAAAGUCAAUUAACUCAACAGAAGGAACUGUAACGGUUGGGCCUUUGAUUCAAAAACUUACUUUAGCUAAUAUUUCACAAAUUGUAUUGGGAUUUGAUUUUGGAACUUUAUCAAAAGAACACUCUACCAUACAUGAUAAUUUGCUGAAAAAUAAAAAAAAAAUAUUUAAUCCUCUAUUUCUAACGUUUCCAUUCUUAGAUCUUUUGAAUCUACCCCAAAGAAAGACUGGAUUUCAAGAAGUUAACAAAUUCCGUGAGGAAUUAGUUGCAACAGUGGAGCAAGAAUUAAUCAAUAAUUAUAAAUUUGAGCAAACUACAUUUGCCGCUAGUGAUUUGAUCAGAGCUUACAACAAUGAGCAGUUAAAUUUUAAGCAAUUAGCUGAUAACCUAACGAUUCUUUUAGUUGCCGGUCAUGAGAAUCCUCAGUUAGCAUUGACCUCAAUAUUUUAUUAUUUUGGAAAAUAUGCUGACACUUGGCAGAAACGCAUUCGUGAAGAAGUUUCGAAAGUAAGUGAGAUUAAUGAAUUAUACAACUUACCGUUAUUGAAUGCAUUUAUUUAUGAAACAUUGCGAAUUCUACCUCCAUUAAAUAUUAUUAUUAAUAGAUGUACUACCGAAACAUCUCAAUUGGGGCCAAACAUUGUAAUACCAAAAAACACCUAUGUUGGUUAUCAUAAUUUUGGAACUACACACGAUAAAAAUGUUUGGGGUUUAAGAUGUGAGGAAUUUGAUCCAUACAGGUGGGGAUGUGAUAUAUUAGAGAUCAAAACUAAUUGGAAACAUGCAAAAAACCUCUGUAAACUUCCCACAUUCCAUGGUGGAAAGAGGGCAUGCCUAGGUGAAAAAUUUGCAAACCAAGAGCUUAUUAUAACUCUGGCAGAGUCAUUAAAACGUUUUGAAUGGGUCAUUAAUAAUGAUUGUUCUCAAAAAAUGACACCAGGUGGACCUCUAUGUCCUGCAGACUUAAAGUUAAAGUUCAAAUGUUUGGAUAAGGACUAA